AUGGAGGUGAUAGUGAAGAGAUCUUUGGUUGUCAAGGAGAACAAGGAGGGUAGAAUUCUAAGCUCUGAAGAAGGCGACGAUGUUCGUGAGGUGACCCUCUCUGUCUCUCUGUCUCUCUGCCUCCUUCCACCGAUCUCUGAAUCUAUACGGUGGAACAGCUCAUCUCUCUCUCUCUCCCCCUCUCUCCCUAAGUACAAAUCGCAGGAGUAAUUCAUUCCUCUUUCUUGUUCUAGCUUAGUUGUGCGAUUUUGCUCGUUCUGUCAGAAGAUGACUAUUGUUGCCUGAUUUUCCCAGAAUUUCCCCCGUAAAUUUCCGUUUUCCGUCGAUUCAAAUUGUUUUUGUAUGUUUACACCUUCUGAAUCAAAGUAAUCCAGAUAUUAUUUAAUCUUCCACAUUCUCGAAUAAUAAACAUAGUAUGGAGAUGAAACGAAUGAAUUUUAUCUCCGCAAACUAAAAUAAUUCAACGUACUAGGGCUCUGCAAUACCCUUUAACGAUCUUCAAUUUCUAUAUUAGUCUUCAACACAGAUUCUAAUGUUUUUGGCAGCUUGAUUGUGAAGCCCAGAAGAAAGAUGAAAGAAAGUCAACUUUCUCUUCGCCGGAAGGGAAAGGAUCAAGCUUCGGCAGACAGGUAACGAGAGAAACUCUCUAUCAUAUGAGGCCGCGAUGAUCACAAAGCUCCCUAUUAUUGAUUAGUCGAUUGAUUGAGAUAUUUCUUCUCUGCGUUUCAUGUUUAAAAUUAAUCUAUUUAUUUUUAAAUUUAAUUACCUCAACUGCGAUGCCUUUGGAGGAAAAAACAUUAGAUCUCAGGAGAGGAACUGUAUAUGAUGUCUACAAAGAUUAACUAUUUAUUUCAGAAAGUGAAUGCUUGGAAUAAUUUCAAUCAAGAACUAGUUCUGAAGAAAUAAAUAUGAAUGUCUCCAGGACGAUCAGCUAGAGUCCACCCGAGAGGAGAUUGGCGAGGUAAAGCAAGAGAACGAGAGGCUAAAGAUGAUCUUGGCUAGAAUCAUGAAUGAUUACCAGUCCCUUCAGACGCACCUCUUCGAUGUGGUCAAUAAAGUUGACAAAAAGUCCCCGGAGAACGCAGAGGCCGAUCGAGAAACGGAAGAACCUGAGCUGGUUUCGCUGUCCUUGGGAACGAGUUCAUGGAGGCACAAGAAGGAAGAGAAGGCUGCCACGAGAACCCGACCUGAAGAGGAUGAGCAGGUAAAUGGAGAGCUGUCUCUCGGUCUCGGCACUCAGUCGAACUCUAGCCAUGAUAAUAGCUUCGAGGACACGAAGGAAGAAGGGGUUGGGGAGCUAUGGCCACCAAGCAAGGCGUUGAAGACGAUGAGACCUGGAGAGGACGAGGUUUCGCAGCAUAUCCACGUCAAGAAAGCUAGGGUUUCGGUGAGAGCACGAUGCGAUGCACCCACGGUUUGUACCCUCUUAUUCCUGGAGGUAGAGGGAUUAAGUGGAAUCUGAGGAAGCUGGGAAGUUAGGGUGCAAAGAAAUUUGACGAAUAUUUUUCUAUCUUUACAGAUGAAUGAUGGAUGCCAAUGGAGGAAGUACGGACAGAAGAUCGCCAAAGGAAACCCUUGCCCGCGUGCAUACUACCGCUGCACAAUUGCACAAGGUUGCCCGGUGAGAAAGCAGGUACGUUGAGAACCCUUUUCUUACCUUGUUUCCACAUGUCAUCGUGAUUUCUUCUUCCUGUUUUAGUCUUAUCUUCUUCUUCUUCUUCUCCUUCUCUUCCCGGAUGUAUAAUUUCGUUUAUCUUCUUUUAAAUCAUCUAAAUCUCCUUCAGGUGCAACGAUGUGCAGACGACAUGUCGAUCCUCAUCACUACCUACGAAGGAAUCCAUAACCAUCCUCUUCCCAUGUCUGCCACAUCCAUGGCUUCCACCACCUCCGCCGCCGCGGGCAUGCUAGUUUCGGGGUCCUCAUCUUCUCGUCCGUCGAUCCCAGCCGCGACCAUGGCCCCCUCCAGCGGUUUCGCCGGUGCAACUUCGCACGGCCUCAACUUUGGCUGCCCAGAUGACGCAAGGCAGAGGCAGCUCUACUUGCCCAACGCAUCCAUCUCUUCCUCCCCUUCCCACGCCACCAUCACAUUAGACCUCACCACCCCGCCGUCCAACUCCCAUUCCGCGCUAACCCCGCAACUUGGUGGCUUCUCUUCAAGUUUCUCCUCCGGCCCAAGGUUCUCCCACUCCAGCUUCUCGUUCUCGUCCUCUGAUCCCAACCCUAACCAGACAACACUCUGGAACAUCCCCUUCCUGAGCCACGGAUCCCGAGCCAAGAACCCUCUUGGCUCCUUCAGCGUGGCAACCCAGCAACCCAAUGAAAGGUUAUACCUUCCUUACACGCAGAAGCCCCCCAACUCCUCUCCGCUUCCAGACGGCGCCAUCGCUGCCGCCACCAAAGCCAUCACUUCGGACCCGGGCUUCCAGACGGCGCUGGCGGCGGCGAUAACCUCCGCCGUCGGAGGGAAGGGCACGCAGGGAAUGGCGGAGACGCUGUUGAAGAACCUCAGGUGGGGCGAGCGCUUGUCACCGGUCUCAAAUCUCGCGUCCUCUCCGAGCGGAAACGGCUGUGGCUCGAGCUACCUAACCAGAUCGGCCGAUUCCAACUUGUCGAACCCCCAGGAGGCCGAGAUCAGGUUCCUCCAACCAUCGUUGGGCUUCUCCGUCCGCAAGAGCACCUCAUCCUCUCCUCCUAACAACAGGGAGCAUAGCAGCUGA